AUGCUUCAAAUGCAAACGAAGGCACCAUCCAGCAUUAUGCUCACCUACAAACAACACGGCAAGAAAGUUACGAGGAACACUCAAGCAAUAAUGAAUUUUUGUCCUUUGACCGUAACUGAUGACGAGAAUAUGCAGCCACUACGACCUAUGGAUUUUCUCAGCUCACAAGGAUACGCAAUAUCACCACUACCUAUCCAACGAAAAGAACUGUCCACCGAUUCGCAUAAUCGAGAUUCUGUUGAAUUGGAAGGAAGAGGAUGCUGGCCUCUGGCGCGUAUCACAAAGUUAGUAGUACAAGCCGGUAAUAUCCGAGCGGCACAACUUAAAAUGUCCAAUGGACACAUUUGGGAAAGAUCAUUGAACCACCUCUACCCCUUAGAACUGAGCAUCAGCCAAAACAAACAGUAUCAAGUCGUGGACCCGAAUAUCGAACUAGAAGAUAACGAAGAUGAAAAAAAAUUAUCCAUCCGUCCUCGAUUCGGCGGAAGGAAAACGAUGCCAAAGAGCUAA